AUGCCGUGGCAACAGAUGGCAGCAGAUGUGCUGCUGUUUGCUGCUGCUGCAGCAGCCGGUAAAAGCCUCGAAUUGCUGCUGCUGCUCCUGGGGGAACCUGCAGCAGCAGCAGCACUGCGCCUGCCGGAGACAGUUGAUUUGCUGCAGGCGCUGCUGCUGCUGCACGGCUCAGCCAUUGGAAGUGCUGCUGCUGCUGCUGCUGCUGCUGCUGCGCGCACGGUGAGUGCGGAGCUGCUGCGGCGUCACCGCGGUUUGCUGCAGCAGCAGCUGCGGCAGGCUGUGGGUGCAGCAGCAGCAGCUGCUGCUGCUUCUGCUGCAUGGCCUGAAGAUGCUGCUGCUGCGCUGCUGUCUCCCCCGGAAUUGGUUCUUUGGAUGACAGCAGCAGCAAAAUAUAAUAUCGUUGAAGAAGAGCUGUGGAGGUUGUGCGCGUCGCAUAUGCUGCUAUAUUUACAGCAGCAGCGGCAGCAGCAGCAGCAGCAGCAGCAGCAGGGAUUGUCCCCGCUGCAUUUUGCUGCAGCAGCAUAUGCAUGCGCUGCAGCGGCUCCAGGCUUUGAGAAGCCGCAGCUGCUGCUGCAGCAGAUUGCUGUGGCAGCAAGAAAGCAGCUGGAUAAGUUUUCAGUGCCAGAGAUGAGUCAGCUGGUGGGGUCCCUCACAAAGGGAGGCGUUGACUGCAGGGUGCUGCUGUCUCGCUGCUCUGUGCUGCUGCGCCGAGCAGCAGCAGAAGAAGAUUUGCUGCAGCAGCAGCAAGUCACAGGCCGCCAUUUGGUUAAUUUGAUUACUGCGUUUAGCCGCGAAGGUGUAAAAGAUGAAAAAGUAUUUUCUCUUGUUGCAGCGCUGCUGCUGAGGUGUACAGACACCUCAAACAGGGCAGCACAGCAGAAGCUGCUGCUGCACUUGCUGCAGCCGCAUGAUGCUGCUGCGCUGCUGCGGGCAUUUGGAAAGGCAAAAAUGCUGCAUAGAGGGCUCAUGCAGUUAGCCUUCUCCGCCCCCUCCCUGCAGCAAGCGCUGCUGCAGCAGCUCUGCUGCACAGGCACUCCACAGCAGCAGCAGCAGCAGCAGCAAGAGCAUCGGACAGAACAGCAGCCGGAACAGCAGCAGCAGCAGCACCAAGAGCAGCAGCAAGAGCAGCAGCAAGAGCAGCAGCGAAAGCAGCAGCAAGAGUCGCAGCAGCAGCAACAAGAACAGCAGCAGCAGCAGCAGCAGCUGCAGCUGCAGCAGCAACUUGGCGUUUCUGAGUGUAUGAUAAUUGCUGAGGCCGUUUCGAACUUCUCUUUGGUUUUGCCUCCUCCGCUGUACAGACACCUGAAGCAAACGCUUCCGCCUGAG